AUUGGUCAGCGGAUCUCCUCGCUUUGGCCAAUAAACGCCGCUCUCUCGCCCCCGUGUUACUGGGUAGAACAAAACAAAAACAAACAGAGCGAGAGUGGGGGCAGAGAAGCUGUGAGGCGGCGGCCGAGGCUGAGCAGCGGGGUUUGGGCCGGCGGAACGGGGACCUGGGCGAGCGGCGGCGGCGGCAGCCCGAGGGGGAAACAGAUCUCAAGGGAAGACUUCCAUUAGUAAUUUAAUCAGUGCAAGUGACAUUAAGGAACAAUGGAUGUAGAAAAUGAGCAGAUACUGAAUGUAAACCCUGCGGAUCCUGAUAAUUUAAGUGACUCUCUCUUUUCUGGUGAUGAAGAAAAUGCUGGGACUGAGGAAAUAAAAAAUGAGAUAAACGGAAAUUGGAUUUCAGCAUCCUCCAUUAAUGAAGCUAGAAUUAAUGCCAAGGCAAAAAGGCGCCUGAGGAAGAACUCAUCCCGGGACUCUGGCAGAGGCGAUUCAGUCAGUGAUAAUGGAAGUGAAGCCCUUAGAGGCGGAGUAACUGUACCAACCAGUCCAAAGGGAAGGUUGCUAGAUAGGCGAUCCAGAUCUGGGAAAGGAAGGGGUCUACCAAAGAAAGGUGGUGCAGGAGGCAAAGGUGUCUGGGGUACACCUGGACAGGUAUAUGAUGUGGAGGAGGUGGAUGUAAAAGAUCCUAAUUAUGAUGAUGACCAGGAAAACUGUGUUUAUGAAACUGUAGUUUUGCCUUUGGAUGAAAUGGCAUUUGAGAAGACUUUAACACCAAUCAUACAGGAGUAUUUUGAGCAUGGAGAUACUAAUGAAGUUGCGGAAAUGCUAAGAGAUUUAAAUCUUGGUGAAAUGAAAAGUGGAGUACCAGUGUUGGCAGUGUCCUUGGCAUUGGAAGGAAAGGCUAGUCAUAGAGAAAUGACAUCUAAGCUUCUUUCUGACCUGUGUGGGACAGUAAUGAGCACAAAUGAUGUAGAAAAAUCAUUUGACAAAUUAUUGAAGGAUCUACCUGAAUUGGCAUUGGAUACGCCUAGAGCACCACAGUUGGUGGGUCAGUUUAUUGCUAGAGCUGUUGGAGAUGGAAUUUUAUGUAAUACCUAUAUUGAUAGUUACAAAGGAACUGUAGACUGUGUACAGGCUAGAGCUGCUCUGGACAAGGCUACUGUGCUUCUGAGUAUGUCUAAAGGUGGAAAGCGCAGAGACAGCGUGUGGGGCUCUGGAGGUGGGCAGCAGUCUGUUAACCGCCUUGUUAAAGAGAUUGAUAUGCUGCUGAAAGAGUAUUUACUCUCUGGAGAUAUAUCUGAAGCUGAACAUUGCCUUAAGGAACUGGAAGUACCUCAUUUUCACCAUGAGCUUGUAUAUGAAGCCAUUGUAAUGGUUUUAGAGUCAACUGGAGAAAAUACAUUUAAGAUGAUUUUGAAUUUAUUAAAAUCUCUUUGGAAAUCUUCUACCAUUACUCUAGACCAAAUGAAAAGAGGUUAUGAGAGAAUUUACAAUGAAAUUCCUGACAUUAAUCUGGAUGUGCCACAUUCGUACUCGGUGCUUGAGCGAUUUGUAGAAGAAUGUUUUCAGGCUGGAAUAAUUUCCAAACAACUCAGAGAUCUUUGUCCUUCAAGGGGCAGAAAACGUUUUGUAAGUGAAGGAGAUGGAGGUCGUCUUAAACCAGAGAGCUACUGAAUAUAAGAACUUUUACAGUCUUAGAUCUUAUAAAAAUAUAUAAAUAUAUCUGAAUUGUAAGAGUUGUUA